CAAGCUGGGCGCCGACCAUGGCGCGCAAGAAGGUACGGCCGCGGCUCAUCGCCGAGCUGGCCCGUCGCGUGCGGGCCCUGCGGGAGCAGCGAAACCGACCGCGCGACUCGCAGCGCUACGCCCUGGACUACGAGACGCUGACGCGGCCGUACUCGGGCCGCCGGCUGCCCGUGCGCGCCUGGGCCGACGUGCGCCGGGAGAGCAGCCUGAUGCAGCUGCUCAGCCGCCUGCCGCUCUUCGGCCUGGGCCGCCUGGUCACGCGCAAGUCCUGGCUGUGGCAGCACGACGAGCCGUGCUACUGGCGCCUGACGCGCGUGCGGCCCGACUACACGGCGCAGAACCUGGAGCACGGGAAGGCCUGGGGCGUGCUGACCUUCAAAGGUGAGGCGCUGGGGGCGGCCCCCCGGCCUUCUUCCCCAGGGCGGACGGAGAGCGAGGCCCGGGAGAUCGGGCAGGUCAUGUACCACGACUGGCGGCUGGUGCCCAAGCACGAGGAGGCGGCCUUCACCGCGUUCACGCCGGCGCCGCCCGAGGACGCUUCGCGCUGCGUGCCCUACCCGCCACUCCUGCGGGCCAUGAUCCUAGCGGAGCGGCAGAAAAGAGGGGACGCCUGCACCGAGGAGCCCAUGCUGAAUCUGGAGCGGACCCGAGUGCAUCCCUGGGACUACCCUGCGAAACAGGAAGCGAAGAAAAAGGCCAAGGCCACGCCAGUCUGAAUGUUAUGGGGAGGGCGCGGGGCCCCGCUUUGUGAACGAAGACGCCUUUGCGUUGCAGCUGGGUCAGCCCCCUGGGAGCGUGGAGCCAGACCCUGCCCCCGCGCCUUUGCUCUGGGCGAGCUGGCCGCGGGGGGUGGCGGGGGGGUGGCGGGGCUGGCAGCGCGGAGCUCCAAGCGCUGGCGCGGGUCGCCUCCCCGCUCCGUGCGGCCGCUGCCGGACUCGGCCGGGAACCGUGUGCGCUCUCGAAUAAAAGCAGAACCGGC